GUCGCUGUUGUAAGGCUAGACAAGCUGCAAAAACUGCCACUCAUAAUACAAAAGCUUAACGCAGUAUACGUUAGAGUUUAUAUGUUCUAUAAUGUCUGUAGAUACGGCUAUGGAUAAAACAAAAACUGAGGAAAACAAAACAGAAGAAGCGUUAUGCAAUGUUUCUGUCCUUGAAGAUGAAAACGGGGAACAGUUUAAAAUUGCUACUUUUGAAGAGAUGGUAAUGCCAAUUCAAAUAAUACAAAUGGGGCUAGAAACGCGGCUUUCCUACGUAAAGGAUUUUCCAUAUCAAGAUGGAGACGUGCUUUUUGGUAGCUAUAUGAAAACAGGGACACACUGGACGUCAAAUCUUUUACAUUGCCUUAUGUACGAUGGCCCACUUGAAGGGUUGACAUCAUUUGCACCUUGUCUACUAGAUGUGUUUAACUAUCAGGAAUGGCCUCAAAAACGGGUUGGCAAUAGAAUAAUGGCGUCACAUCUCCCACCAGAACGAUUACCAACAGAGCAUUUUCAAAAGGGCGGGAAAACGAUUGUUGUUUUUAGAAACCCAAAGGAUACGGCUGUUUCAAUGUUUCAUCAGAUGCGGAAAUUCAAACAACUUGGGGAGAUGAAGUUAUCUUGGAACAGUUAUAUAAACUACUGGAUUGAAGGCAAAAUUGCCUUUGUCCCAAGUAGUUCCUUCUUUGACUACUACAACAGCUGGCAAAAACAGAUCGAAGAGAAACCUGAACAGAAUGUUUUAGUGGUUCAAUAUGAAGACUUGAAGAGGGAUAGUUUGAAUCAGCUUCGUCGGAUUCAGAAUUAUCUUGGACUAAAUCAUUCAGAUGAUCGACUUCAAGCUGUGUUGGACAAAUGUUCAUUUUCAAACCUUAAGGCUGAAGUAGAGAGCGGAAAGGUCAAAACACCUUUGAUUGAUGAGGAAGGAAAGUCAAUUCUCUAUAGGAAAGGUAUUAUCGGAGACUGGAAGAAUCAUUUCACGGUGGCACAAAAUGAAAAGAUAGAGACAGUGGCGGAAGAGAAAUUCAAGAACAGCAUGUUCAACUACAAAGCAUGGGAUUGCUAGCAAAUUAAAUGUUAACAAGAACAUUUUCGUUAAAGAUAGACUAUAAAUCUACCCUUUUUCACAGUAAUAUUCUAACAUUAUAUAUUGAAUAUCUAUCAAAAUAUAUUUAUCAUAGUUAACUAUGUAAACUAGCUAUGUACGUAGACUUGAAAUUACAUUUUGGUAUCAUAUCUAACAACACUUAGAAAGCCAGGUUUUAGUGCGCGGGCAAGUUUGACUGAAGGCAGUGUGGCUUUUAUUAUCCCCCAUGUAUGAGGUGAAUAAUUUGUCAGUUACAUAUAUAUAUAUAUAUAUAUAUAUAUGUUUCUUCCUAGGAAAGACGGCUUCUCGUGUAUCAGUGCUAUACACCGAAAACGGUAAACGACCAGACUGUUUAUUCGCAAAGAUCCAGGCUAAGUUACAGACAGGCCUGUAUCUAAAAAGAUUUUUCUCUCUCUGUUGUAGGGGCAUUGCCUCACUCUGUCCCUCCGGUCAGAUAUUUCUGUGUCUGUACAAGUAGAAGAUCAAUUUGGCACCCUGACUGGCUGCCUUUGCUCUAUGAAUAAACUGUAAUGUUUAAUCAGUUGCAGAAACAUGAAAAAACCUGUCACAAUUACAAUAAAUUACAACAGAAUAUCUAAUCGUAUCACCAGUUAUACAGACCGUAGGUAAAGCAGUUGUAGUCGUAGACCGCAGCAGUAAUAAUUCAAUAAGAUUGGUUUCCCUGAUACCAUCUAAUUCAUCGAACAUAUUGAUUUUCCAAGCACGAAAUAAACAACCCUUCUCAACCGAUCGAGCAUUAUCCGCCAUAUUUUAAAAUGUAAACAGGCUGUUUUUAUGCCGAAAAAGAAUCAUCUAUUUUUAUAGUUAUAUAUAAAUAUAUUUCACAGGCAAUUAUGUUUUAAUUAUUUAAAAAGUACUCUAUAUGCAUUGAUUUUUACCUCAAUAUGUACAAUUACAUUUUCAUUUUGACAUAGUAUUUAUAUCGUUUUGUUAAUGUCAUAUAUUACAGAAGCAUAUCUGUCGCUGACAAUAUACUAUCAAAAUUCUGUUGA